UUGUUGAAAAGGUCCUUCAACAUUGCAACCCCAAAGCGUGCAUGGAUGCACUACAGAAGAUAUUGAAGUCACCUGACUCAAGGCUAAGCAGUGCUGCAGCUUGUAUCUUUGGCGUAUUGCUUGAGAAUGAACCCAUGGUGACUAAACUUCAGAAGUGGGCCGAAGGGGACAACAAUCCGAUAUGUGCCCUUGGUCAGAUUCUGACUAAAAAUGAUCCUGAUAUUGUGAUGAAUGCAACCGGAGCAAUAGCCUCAUUGGUUGAAACUGUGUCAGGGCGACAGUGGUUGCUUCAGAGCCAAGCUGUGUUCAAUCAGGUCCUUGAGAGCGUAUCCAUUCAUCUGGAGAAUGAAAAAGAGAACACAGCUAACUCUGCAGCACUUAUUCUCGCCCAGCUAUCCUUGUGUGAAGAAGCCUGUCAAAAGAUUUUAUCGCACCCGUCUGCCUCCAAGACCUUCAGAUGCUUAGCAAAGUGCUUAUUAUGCAGCCACAAAGACACAGCAAUGAAUGCAGCAUUUGCUGUCGGUCGCCUGUGUGGGAGUGGCCAGGCCAAGAACCUCAUUCUGAGAGAAACCGAAGAGCAACAACUGGUUUACAGACUACAGUCUCUGCUGUCUUCUGGGACAGGAGUGGAGAUGUGUCAAACUGCGUGCUUUGCACUGAGCUGCUUAGCAAAAGAUGAAGAUGGUCAUGCACUGUUGAUGGAAAGCACUUGCAUUUCUGCUGUGCUGGAUGCUCUUUUACAGCUGCUGCAGAGUACAGAACCGGACACGGUCUGGUUUGCUGCUAUGAUGUUAAGAGUGCUGGUGUCUCGACCGAGUGGAGUGGUUCUAGUCAGAAUGCAUGGCGCUCUGCACGAACAGUUAAAGGUGCUUUCUGUGUUGUCAACCACUGGGCCAGAACUACAGGAGGAGGUCAACAUGUGUCUCAGCAAACUGGAACGUUUAGCCAAACCACCCCCAGUGACGGUUACUAUCCUCUCAUCAACGGCCUACACUGUGUCAUGGGUGAGGUGUGAUCCUGAGAGCGGCCUGGAGGUCAUAUACAGUCUCUUUGACAGCGAUCUCAUGCUGUACCAUGGCCACUUGUGUCAGGUGACUUUACCUGUUUCUACCAACCGGUCUGUGGAUUCCCUCUCCCUACGUCUCAACCUGUCUACUUCUGAUGGUGACGUCAGUCCCUUUAGUGACCCUGUGGUCACUCUAGAGACGCUGGACACCACAAUCAAGUGUCCACAGGAGCUUUGUGUGAUUGGCUGCACAGCGACGCAUGCACACUUGCGCUGGGUAGAGCCAGAGGGAGGAGUCAAACCUAAAUCAUAUCAGAUCUAUUGUAAUGGCACAAUGGUGAAGACCACAACGCUGCUAGGGGCUGUAGUGAGCGGUCUAUCUCCAGGAACGAACUACGUGCUGAGCGCGAGGUCCCUCUGUCCAGGCUACGCAGCGAGUGCCAGAGCAGUAACCAAAGUGAAGACAGCAGACGAUCAAGAUCAUGCUCCUUCCGCUCUGACCCUUGUUGUUUUGGGUCGGCACGAGCUGCAGAUAAACUGGAGAGCUCCCGCUGUACCUCUGGGGAGACUCUUUAAAUACGAACUAAGUGUGAAUGGAUGUGUUGCAUACGUUGGCACAGAGAGAGUUUACACCGCCCGCCGCUUGUCCGCAAACACAGCAUAUACCUGUAUUGUGACAGCCGUUACCUCCAGGGGGCGCUGCCACAGCAGGCCGGUUACAAAGAAGACAGCCCGGGACGAAUACCUGCCUUUAAACAGGAAUCUGUCCUCCGCUAUAACCUCCAAGUCUUCCACAUCUCCUCCAACCAUCCACAAGACAAGUGAGGUCACAAGGAUGACCACAAACUCUCAGACUACACUUGGACAUAAGCCUCACUCCACCAGAAGCCAGCACAAAGCCCAUGAAUUCAGAAAAGACAAGCACAGGCGACUCUCAGUACAGAUACAUUUACCAAAAGAAAAAAAGUUGUUCAACCACACAUCAAAGAUGGACAAAGACAGUCCACCUGUUGGGUUUCCAGUGAGCUCCACUGAGUCUCUUGUGGUGUCCUCUCAUCAACAAUCUGAGGACAUACACCAGACCCAGACAAAGUCAUCCACCCCAGAGGACCCCACAAACACGAGGACAAAGAUCAGCCAAGCCAGGAAAAGGAACAGAAAAGUUCCAAAAGAAACACUUCCAUGCAUCAGCAAACAAAUCUCCAAAGAUAUGAGAUUGCUUCAACCAGUCUCAUUUCAUUUGUCUAAUCCGGAACAGACAAAGGAACAAAUCAGAGCACAAAAAGACAGAAAUAAACCCAUUUCAAAGGUUCCAAAUCAGCAGAAAGGAAGACAAUACCGUGUAUCAACACACACAAAAGUCCCAUGACAUCUGAAGGACUGAAGGAUCCACAGCAAUCUUUACAUUAAUCCCAUUAAUGUACAUUUUUUCAAAACCUAAAAUUCUCAUAUUUUCACGUGCAUAACUUUCUGUGUAUACAUACAACAAUUAAUUCUGUGUGAGUGUUUGUUUGACCAAGAAGCACAUUUAUCGGUUCAUUUGUUCACGAAAAGCAUUAAAGACUC